UGUGGUUGGAGUUUGUAUCGAACAUGACGUAUCUAUUAUUAGAGUAUUCAGUAUAUUUUCAUUUUAUGCAAUGUAUGAAGUAUGACUUGUCUACAUAGCUACAUGAAAUGUUUUGAUUACUAUUAUUUGUGUAUUUAAAUAGACUUAUUGCAGACUUUAAUAAAUUAUGAACAGUAAAUUGGUGCUUCAUUGACAAAAUAAUAUGUGUUAUAACUUUAAUAUUGAAAUACGAUCACAAGAACUAUGCACUGGUAUUUUCUAGAAAUUAAAUAAAAUUUUAAUUUAUUGAUAAAAAUUCAAACUGCCUGAACAUUAUAACGUUAGAUGGUGUAUUAUUUGAGUGCUAUUGGUGACUUUAUUUAAAAUAUGUGCUUAGUGCGGAAAUACAAAUUUGAAAUUUUGUGAAAAUUAUAAGGUAUAAUAAGAAAAUAAAUCUGUUUUGAUUCUGGGCACCGGUCAUAACUAUAAUCACUUGUAAAUUCGUUUACACCGAUCAAAUGUCACACUCUUAGCUUGUUGGUCUACUGAAACGUGACAUUGGCGAGUUGUGGUGCUCCUUCCACAGAAGCCACUAGAAAGAAUAGAAUAGAAUGCAGAAGAGUGACUAACAAUUCUCUUUCAGACUGCUAUGUUGGUGACAUAGUUAUGUCCGCUGCAGCACAAACACUCAGGCAGUCGAGUUCCCGCCCAGUUCAUCCAGUGCAUCCACACGCCCCACCAUGCCGUACACAAAGUGGAAAACAUACUGUGCAUUGGUUCAGGAAAGGUCUUCGUAUCCAUGACAACCCUGCAUUGAGAGAAGGUCUAACUGAUGCAACUACUUUUCGAUGUGUAUUUAUCAUAGAUCCUUGGUUUGCAAGUUCCUCAAAUGGUGGCAUAAAUAAAUGGAGGUUUCUCUUACAAUGUCUUGAGGACUUGGACAGAAGUUUAAGGAAGUUAAACUCGCGACUUUUUGUCGUGCGUGGACAACCUGCAGAUGCAUUGCCUAAACUUUUUCGGGAAUGGGGAAUAACCACUCUAACCUUCGAGGAAGACCCGGAACCAUAUGGUCGGGUGCGAGAUCAUAAUAUUUCGACAAAAUGUCGUGAAGUAGGAAUUACUGUCGCAUCAAGAGUUUCACAUACAUUGUAUAAUUUGGACCACAUAAUAGAUAGAAAUGGAGGCAAAGCUCCGCUGACGUACCACCAGUUCCAAGCGUUGAUCGCAAGCAUGCCCCCGCCUCCGCCGGCUGAGAAGACGAUAUCCUUGCAGAUGCUGAACGGAGCCAUCACUCCCAUAUCCAUUGACCAUGAUGAAAGAUUCGGGGUUCCCACUCUUCAAGAACUUGGUUUUGAUAUAGAAGGACUGAGACCGCCAGUCUGGAUUGGAGGCGAGAAGGAAGCUCUAUCAAGGCUGGAGAGACACCUUGAGAGGAAAGCGUGGGUCGCCUCAUUUGGCCGCCCCAAGAUGACUCCACAAUCUCUACUGGCCAGCCAAACGGGACUAUCGCCUUAUUUAAGGUUUGGUUGUUUAUCUACCCGACUGUUCUACUACCAACUGACCGAGUUAUAUAAGAGGAUAAAACGAGUGCGGCCACCGCUUUCACUGCAUGGUCAAAUUUUAUGGAGAGAAUUCUUCUACUGCGCGGCGACACGAAAUCCAAACUUUGACAGGAUGCUGGGGAACCCCAUAUGUGUCCAAAUUCCAUGGGAAAAAAAUCAGGAUGCACUUUCAAAGUGGGCUAGUGGUCGUACUGGCUUUCCAUGGAUUGAUUCCAUUAUGAUACAGUUGAGGGAAGAGGGCUGGAUACAUCAUUUGGCGAGGCAUGCAGUGGCGUGUUUCCUGACCAGAGGUGACCUGUGGAUCUCGUGGGAGGAAGGCAUGAAGGUUUUCGAUGAGCUGCUCUUGGACGCGGAUUGGUCGGUGAACGCAGGAAUGUGGAUGUGGUUAUCCUGCUCUUCGUUCUUUCAGCAGUUUUUCCACUGCUACUGCCCCGUGAGAUUUGGCCGAAAAACGGACCCGAACGGUGAUUUUAUAAGAAAGUACAUUCCUGCUUUGAGGAAUAUGCCCACGAGAUACAUACAUGAACCUUGGAUGGCUCCAGAGGCAAUCCAAGAAUCUGCUCACUGUGUCAUCGGAAGAGACUACCCACUCCCCAUGAUUGAUCAUUCAAAGGCAUCUGAAAUCAAUAUUGAACGAAUCAAACAAGUUUACGCGCAACUCGCCAAAUAUCAACCCCAAGGUCUCAUUAAUCUAAAUGUUCAAAGACCGAAUGGAAUGCAAUCUUCGCCAAGCCCAACAUCUAUUAUUACUAGUAUGAACCAAUCUAACUUUUUAUGUAGUCAAUCAAGUGACCAUCAAAAUUCUUCGAUGUCUUCAGUGCAGCCAUUAAAAGAGGAAAUAUUCAUUCGACCUAUAAAGAAUACAAAAGAUAACAUUGAGACAGCUAAACAAUCAUUGUUUAAGCAAGUUAUACUAUUUCAACAACAAGCCCAAAACUCGAGAUAUGUCGAACCACAUCCACCGAGCAGAGAACAUUACAUAAUGAACAGGGGACUGAACACUGCUUACAAGAUGCAAAAUAAAGAGCUUGAAAUUGCAGAUUGUGAAAAGAAUGUGAUGAAUCCAUCAAUUGAUAAUUAUUCAAAUUCUAAAUUAUAUAUACUAGAAAAUAGUGCUAGGGUUGACACAGAAAAGAGUUACACUACUAAUAAAGCUGGGGGUGAGUUUGUUCAAGAAGAGAAAAUCAUUGAUAAAACGAAUAGCACAGUAAAACCACUUAAUUUGAUGAUGAAUAAUGAACAGUUCAAUGAAGAUUCUACGCAAGACCAAAACAUAAAGUCUAAAGCAUGUAAAUAAGUAGGUAACAAAAUAAUAGAAUUUAAUGUGAUUUAAAUAAUUGUUGUAAAUGAUGAAAUUGCAAUGUGUUCUUUUAACAUGUUUAAUGUUAGAUUGCAAUAUAAUAUAUAGAUGUUGAGUACAUAAGAUAAUUUUAAAUAAAUGAUUUUUAUUGGCUGGUCCCAGG